UCCUCGGGCUCCUACCUGCUGCUGGGACGACCCCGACGGAGUCCCCGCCCCGGUUAGGACUCCAACGUCUGGCCUCAGAAUUCGGGGUGAGGUCGUGGAAACCCUGGAACAACCCCCGCACCCCCCCAGCCCGCCUCCAUCUUCACUUCGCUACCCUCACCCCUGCAAAUGAAAACCGUAAAACCCACAGGAGAGAUUUACAAAUAGUGCUUGAGCAUCAUGGAGCUUCUAGGUUCUACUUUAGCGGCAACUUAUGCCCACCCUAGACCAACACCAGCCAGCUUCCUACCAGCCAUCAGUGCCAUGGCCUCAAGCUAUAGGGACUGCUUCCCCCACUGCAAUCUGACCCGUAGUCUGAGCCUGCCUUGGGGACCAAGCACGUACUACAAAGCAGCCUCCAACUCACCAGCCUUGGACCCGUACUGCACCAGAUCUCAGAGGGUGUCCGAGAGCACCACGCUUCCCUUUGUUUCCAACAGAACCACACUCUUCACCAGGUAUACUCCCGAUGAUUGGUACAGGUCCAACUUAACCAACUUUCAAGAAUCCAACACUUCCCGACACAAUUCAGAGAGACUAAGGAUAGAUACAUCUCGCUUGAUGCAAGACAAAUAUCAACAAACGAGAAAAACCCAGGCGGACUCCACCCAAAAUCUGGGAGAACGAGUCAACGACAUAGGAUUUUGGAAAUCUGAAAUCACUCAUGAGUUGGAUGCAAUGAUUGGAGAGACAAAUGAACUAACCGAUAUUAAGAAAAAACUGGAGAGGGCUUUGAUGGAGACAGAAGCCCCUCUUCAGGUAGCCCGGGAAUGUCUAUUUCAUCGAGAGAAGAGAAUGGGAAUCGAUCUAGUUCAUGAUGAAGUGGAAACAGAGUUGCUGAUGGAGGUUGAUAUUAUUCUGUGUUGUCAAGAAAGGAUGAAGCUGCAUUUGGACAAGGCCAUUGCCCAACUGGCAGCCAACAGAGCUUCCCAGCACGAGCUGGAGAAGGACCUGAGUGACAAACAGGCGGCCUACCGCAUCGACGAUAAAUGCCACCACCUGCGAAACACGUCGGACGGCGUCAGCUACUUCCGCGGAGUGGAGAGGGUGGAUGCCACGGUCUCAGUGCCCGAGUCCUGGGCCAAAUUAACCGACGACAAUAUUCUUCGCUCCCAGAGCGAGCGAGCUGCCUCUGCGAAACUAAGAGACGACGUCCAGAACCUGCUGGUGGUGACAGCCAACGAGAUGUGGAAUCAGUUCAACAAAGUGAACCUGGCUUUCAGCAGCCGCAUUGCUGAGACUGCAGAUGCUAAAAAUAAGAUUCAGAUUCACCUCUCAAAGACCCUGCAGGAGAUUUUCCAGACGGAGAUGACCAUCGAAUCCAUCAAGAAGGCCAUCAAGGACAAGUCUGCCUUCCUGAAGGUGGCUCAGACCAGGCUGGAUGAGCGUACGCGGAGGCCCAACAUAGAGCUCUGCAGAGACAUGGCUCAGCUGCGCCUGGUUAACGAGGUGUACGAGGUGGACGACACCAUCCAGACCCUGCAGCAGCGCCUGAGGGACGCGGAGGACACCCUGCAGUCGCUGGUCCACAGCAAGGCCACCCUGGAGCACGACCUGGCGGUCAAAGCCAACUCCCUGUACAUCGACCAGGAGAAGUGCGUGAGCAUGCGCAGGAGCUUCCCCAGCGCCCGGCGGCUGGCGGGCUUCUGCUAGGGCCCCCCUCCCCUGGACCAGGUGUGACGCUCCCCGAGGAAGGCGGAACCAGGGCGCCGUGCGCGCGCGCGCACUUACACGAGGGCUGAUCUAUAUUCACUUAUUAAAGGAUCGUAUUUAUAGACA